GGAGAGUGCGCUCGUGCAUCCUGGGAGUCGUAGGCAACGGGGAUUGUGGGAAAUGUAGUUUAGCGACUCCACUCUGCUUGCCAUUCCUGUAAUGGCUGCUUCUUGGAAGGCUUUGUCACGUGGAACCUCUUAGCCUCAGCGUUCCGGAGCUCCAGGAAGGGAGUAUUUAAAGUCAGAAUUAUACAUAUAUUGUUUCUUUGUUUCUAGAAACUUUCAGCACCCAAGAUCCAGCCACCUCAAGGUCCCAACAUCAUGACCUCAGUCUCAGCGCAAUUGUUCUUAGUCCUCAUUUCGCUGCUUUUGGUGCUGCCUAUUGUUGAAGCAGUAGAAGCCGGAGAUGCAGUCGCUCUCUUAUUAGGUGUGGUUCUCAGCAUUACAGGCAUUUGUGCUUGUUUGGGGGUAUAUGCACGAAAGAGAAAUGGACAGAUGUGACUUUAAAGGGCCUCCUGAAUCAAACCUUGCCCUGAAAACAUUUGUGCAAUUUAGGUUAAAAACUGAGCUUUGGUGUCUGAAAGUUCCCAAGAAACAGUUAAUAAGGUAAUUUUACAUUCAUAGUUAUUUCCCUAUCAAUGGGAAUAAAUUGCUGUCAACUGGAAUAAAAAUGCUUUUUUUCCACAACAAAUAAUGCACUGAAAAAUGCAUUCUACAAUUUGUAUUUUCUAAUUAGAGGGUCAAAGAAGUAAGAUGGCUGAAAUUUGCAUAAGUAAUAUUUCAUAGUCCCAGAAUUAUCAAAGCACAUGAAAUUUUAAGGAGACUCAUGCCCAGAAUCCUAGGAAGUUGCCACCGUUCAGUUGUAAUCACUGCUUCCUGCAUUGCUGAGGAGUCUUUUCUCUAUUUUUAUUAAUUUUUGUUUUGUUAUCCCCAAGUUAAUAUUGUACUUAGAUAGUAAAUACAGUCAGAACUUAAAACUUUUAUUUUUUGGUGGGGGAGGAAGGUUAGAAAAAUGUAUUCAAUAUAUUCAACCCUGAAAUAGAGAAAAGAUUUAAUGGAAAAAAAUACUUUAUAUUGACAUUGAAAUGGAGAAAGAGAUUUAAUGUUUUAAAAAGCCAUUAUAUUAACUGAGUAACACCCCUACGGUGAGAAAUACUAUAUUAAAUAUAAACCCAUAUGUUGUCAUUUUA